GCGUUCGCGGAGGGCAGCCCGGGUGUUGCGAGGCGGCGGGAGGCGGGUCCUUCCCCCGCCCCCGCCCGCUAUAAGAGCGCCGCCGCAGUCAGGCCCGAGCGCCGCCGCCGCCUCCUCACGGUCCGUCCGCGGAGCCACCGCCGCCCGACGAUGCCUUCAAUUAAACUGCAGAGUUCAGAUGGAGAAAUCUUCGAAGUUGAUGUGGAAAUUGCAAAACAGUCUGUGACUAUAAAGACUAUGCUGGAAGAUUUGGGAAUGGAUGAUGAAGGUGAUGAUGACCCAGUCCCUCUUCCAAAUGUUAAUGCAGCCAUCUUAAAAAAGGUGAUUCAGUGGUGCACCCAUCACAAGGAUGAUCCACCUCCUCCUGAGGAUGAUGAGAACAAAGAGAAGAGAACAGAUGACAUCCCUGUGUGGGAUCAAGAGUUUCUGAAAGUAGACCAAGGAACACUUUUUGAGCUUAUCUUGGCUGCAAAUUACUUGGACAUCAAAGGUUUGCUGGAUGUCACAUGCAAGACAGUGGCAAACAUGAUCAAGGGGAAAACCCCAGAAGAAAUUCGCAAGACAUUCAAUAUUAAGAAUGACUUCACUGAAGAGGAAGAAGCACAGGUACGUAAAGAGAACCAGUGGUGUGAAGAGAAAUGAAGUAUUGUGCCUGACACUCUUACACUGUAAGGAUUGUUCCAAAUACUAGUUGCACUGCCCUGUUCAUAAUUGUUAAUAUUAGACAAAUGCAGCAGCAAAUGAAGUUGUGUUAGCAGGAUGUUGUUCCCUUUGCAUGUGUAGUGUUUUUUUGAGUACAGAUCUAAAUCUCUGAGUUUUUACUAGUGUAAUUGGGUGUCUUUUUACUUUGCAAUGAAUAAAACUGAACUAAGUGUUGAUUCUA